AACCAUGUCCCCUAAAUUUGGUCAUGUUCUUCAACCUCAAGAACAACUAACAUUAGUCUCAACCAUGUAUCCUGUGAAAAUGGAUAACGCGCACGAGUUACCUGUUUAUGUAGAUCAAGACCACCCUGUAAGGAGACACCAUUCGGCUCGAUACUAUGCUCACCAUAUUAAAGAGAGUCUAACUACUAGAGUUUCCAAAUUAAUUUGUACAAUUUUCCUAACCUUCCUUUCAAUUCUUGGAAUCAUCGCAUUUAUUUUAUGGUUAGGUUUGCGCCCUCAUCGUCCAAGAAUUUUCCUACAUGACUUUUCAAUUCCAGCUAUAAGUCAGGGAAUUGGACCUGAAAGUGCCCAAAUCAACUUUAACGUAACAGCACGAAAUUCAAAUCAAGUUAUUGGGAUUUUUUAUGAUGCAAUACAGAUGUCAGCGACUUAUCAAGAACAGAGUAUUGGAACUUCACAAUUGUUGACUCCGUUUUAUCAAUUGCCCAAAAACACUACUGUUCUUGCGGGUACAUUUUCUGGCCCCAUGGUGACGGUGACCGGAACACAGUGGCAGCAAAUGCUUGAUGACCGGUCUCGAGGAACGGUGGUUUUCCGGGUAGAGUUGACAGCCAGGAUUCGAUUUAAGAUAUGGUCGUGGAAAAGUAAACAUCAUAGGAUGCAUGCUAAUUGUCCUGUUGGAGUAGGACAAGAUGGUGUGAUCUUGGUUGGUUACAUAGAUAAGAGAUGUCCAGAAUAUUUUAAUUAGACAUUUCGAUUCAUGUUUUCGUCUAAUUGAAUUUCCGUUUUUUUGUUUGUAUUUGAUUGUGAAGAACAAUACAUUCUUUCCCUGCCACAAUUACUCUAAAAGGCAAGGGAAUCAAUCCUCUGUUUUUA